AGCAUUAAAUGCAAAGGAAACAGCCAAACCUUGAGACCCUCCAACUAACCAACCUUGUCUCAUAUCCCACCUCACAACAUGGAGACAAGUCUGUGGCUUCAUCCCCAUUAAUAUGCAGCUCCCUCCUCCCUACGGCCAUGACAUCCUCCUCCAACUCCCCUUUCUCGCCUGAUAUCAUCCACUGAGCAAUGGAGAUCGAGCUGGUGAAGUGCGAGUGCUGCGGGCUACGUGAGGACUGCACCAGAGACUACAUCAGCAGCGUGAAGGCCAACUUCGACGGCAAAUGGUUCUGCGGGCUGUGCUCCGAAGCGGUGAAGGACGAGCGGAGCAGGCUGCGGAGGAAGGACGUCCAGGGGGUGGUGGAGGAGGCCAUCAGAGCCCACAUGUCCUUCUGCCGGCGAACCAUGUCCAACCCUGCCGUCCGGGUGGCCGACGGCAUGCGGCAGAUGCUGCGUAGGAGAUCCGGCGACUUGUCGAAGCCGUCGACGGUCACAGCAUCUCCCAAGAGAUUUGGAAGGGCGGCAGCGGGCACAUCGCAGGUCUCGCUGUUCUGAGGCUAAGUCUGUCUUCUUCUUCUUCUCCUUGUCUGCUUGCUGUUACUAUUACUUGUGGCCAUGAACACAAGAGGUGGAUAUCAGUGGAGACUGCUGCUUUCCCAGUUGGACAGACUGAUGAGGCUGUACAGGUAGACAAUGGCAGUAGGUACUAAAUAAUCUGUGUGAUUGAAGCUUUUGUGUCUUCAUGGCAUGAUGAGGAUUCUGUUCUUAGAUCAACUGUGCCAUGUCCCUUAAGGAUAUCUGAUGCUGUAUGUAGUAUCUAAACUCACCUUUUGCUCCUGUAGUUGUCAUUUGGAGACUUUGUUUCCUUGUAGUACCUUUUGGUUUGCUUAACAUUUGGGUUCUGCCAUAGCUAA